AUGGGGAUGUGGCUCAGUGUUCUCUCCAAUAACUCUCUCCUGAUUCUGUUUGAAGGUGGAGCUACUGAUCUGAAGCUGAUCAACAGAAGCAACCCAUGUGCUGGGAAAGUGAUGAUUAAGAUUGGUGAACUGAGCUUCAUUGUGUGUCCUACUGUCUCACCUAUGAAACAUGCUGCAGUAGCUUGCAGACACUUGGGAUGUGGUUCUGCAGUUAGUGUCCAUAGUGCUACCCACUUUGGAGAAGAUUCCACACCAUACUUGGUGAUAGGAAAUGGUUGUCAUGGGAGUGAGUUAACGAUCUGGGACUGCAGAUUUGAAACCCAGACUAUAAAGUCAACAUGCUGUCAUCCUUUCCAUGCUGGAGUGACCUGCUCAGGCUCCUCACAGCCUCGGCUGGUGGGAGGAGACAAUCCCUGCUCAGGACGUGUGGAAAUAAGACAUGGUGAAACAUGGGCUACACUCUGUGAUGCACACUUUGAUAUCAAAGCUGCCAGUGUUAUCUGUAAUGAAUUAGAGUGUGGAAGAGCUUUAUCUACCCCAGGAGGAGCUCACUUUGGAGAAGGACAUGGGCUGAUCUGGACUGAAGAGUUGCAGUGUGUGGGGAAUGAGUCACACCUUGCNUACUGUCCAGGAUAUCACAUGAAAUCAACGUGCUCACAUGCAAAUGAUGCCAGUGCCAUAUGUUCACGGCACACAGAGGCUCCAGCUGGUGAACGGCAGCACAGUGUGCUCAGGGAGGGUGGAGAUCAAGGUUGGUGAUUGCGGAACUGUC